CAGUUGAAAUCGUUAAACCUCGGAUCCGAGGCUUUCAUCUGCACAAACGCCCAUCCAGUCGGGUGUCAUCAAAACGUACAAAACCAAGCAAAUUACAUCAAAGCAAACGCCACAACCAAACAAAGCAAUCCCAACGUCCUCGUGGUCGGCGCAUCCACCGGAUACGGACUCGCCUCCCGCAUCGCACUCACUUGGGCUUACGGCGCGAAAUCGCUAGGGAUUUUCUACGAACGACCGGCAUCUGGAAAACGGACCGCCACAGCCGGCUACUAUAACUCCGUCGCCCUUCACCAACUCGCAGCACAGGACGGCAUCUCCGCCGAAAGCAUCAACGGCGACGCCUUCUCCGAUGAUAUAAAACGAGAGACAAUCGAUCGAAUCAAAGGGAGUAUGGGUAAGAUCGAUAUCCUCGUUUACAGCAUCGCAGCACCACGGCGGAUCCAUCCACGCACCGGCGCAGAGCAUAAUUCCGUGUUGAAGCCGAUCGGUCAGUCCUACACCAGCCAGACGAUCGACCUAAACCGAGAGGUGGUCACCGACAUUACCCUUGAAGCGGCAAGCGAACAGGAGAUCACCGAUACCGUUGCCGUGAUGGGGGGCGAAGAUCUGGAAUUCUGGACGGACGCGCUGUUAGCCGAAGACCUGCUCGCACAGGGCGCGACGGUGGUAACAUACUCCUACAUCGGACCCGAGCUCACAUGGGCAAUCUAUCGCGACGGCACAAUCGGAAAAGCGAAAGAGGAUCUGGAAACCCGCGUCAACACGCUGGAUAAAACGCUCUCCGACAAACUCGGCGGGAACGUCUACCUCUCCGUCAACAAAGCCAUCGUUUCACAAGCAUCAAUGGCGAUCCCAGUUGUCCCCCUCUACAUGAGCAUCCUCAACCAAAUCAUGGACACAAAAGGGACCAACGAGGACCCAAUCGCGCAGAUGGGACGGCUUUUCACAGAACACCUCGGUCCCGACCUAUCCCCAACGCUCGACGCUGAACGCCGCAUCCGACUCGACGACCGGGAACUCCGCGCCGAUGUCACCGCCGAAAUUAUCGAACGGUGGGGGCAAAUCAACACCGAUAACUUCCGCGAAAUCUCCGACUACAACGGUCUGCAGCACAGUUUCCGCAACCUGUUCGGCUUUGAUGUCGAUGGCGUCAAUUAUGACGAAGCGGUAGAAAUAGAACUUAAUCUGUAG